CGACCCGCAAUCCCUCCCUGCCCGGCUCCGGUUUGGGCGGCGGGACCCGCGUGAUUGCGGUGGGGCGAGGAGGGUCACGGCGGCGUGAGAUACGGUGUCCGCCAUUUUAGUAGGUCAUUUACAGAAUCAAAAUGGUUGAAGCAGAUCGUCCUGGGAAGCUGUUCAUUGGGGGCCUGAACACAGAGACUAAUGAGAAAGCCCUUGAGGCUGUAUUUGGCAAAUAUGGACGCAUUGUGGAAGUCCUUUUGAUGAAAGAUCGGGAAACAAACAAGUCCAGAGGAUUUGCGUUCGUCACGUUUGAGAGUCCAGCAGAUGCAAAAGAUGCUGCCAGAGAUAUGAAUGGAAAGUCAUUAGAUGGGAAGGCAAUUAAAGUGGAACAAGCAACCAAGCCAUCCUUUGAAAGUGGUGGUAGGCGUGGGCCGCCACCCCCUCCCCGAAGCAGAGGUCCUCCCAGGGGCCUUAGAGGCGCAAGAGGCGGAAGUGGCGCGAGAGGACCACCUUCAAGAGGGAGUCACUUGGGGUCUUCUCGAGGGCCACUUCCCAUGAAGAGAGGUCCACCUCCACGAAGUGGAGGCCCUCCACCUAAAAGAUCUGCACCUUCAGGACCAGUGCGUAGCAGUAGUAUGGGAGGAAGAGCUCCUGUGUCACGUGGAAGAGAUGGUUACGGGGGUCCUCCACGCAGAGAGCCAAUGCCAUCACGGAGAGAUGUCUACAUGUCUCCAAGAGACGAUGGCUAUAGUACUAAAGACGGUUAUUCAAGCAGGGAUUAUCCCAGUUCCAGGGAUACCCGUGACUACGCACCACCUCCCCGAGACUACGCAUAUCGUGAUUAUGGUCAUUCCAGUUCACGUGAUGAAUACCCCUCCAGGGGAUAUAGUUUUUCUUCCUAUAGUGAUCGUGAUGGAUACGGUGGUGGACGUGAUAGAGACUACUCAGAUCAUCCAAGUGGAGGUUCCUACAGAGAUUCAUAUGAGAGUUAUGGUAACUCACGUAGUGCUCCACCUGCUCGAGGGCCCCCGCCAUCAUAUGGUGGAAGCAGUCGCUAUGAUGAUUACAGCAGCACACGAGAUGGAUAUGGGAGCCGAGAAAGUUACUCAAGCAGCAGAAGUGAUGUCUACUCAAGUGGCCGUGAUCGUGUUGGAAGACAAGACAGGGGUCUUCCCCCAUCCAUGGAAAGGGGCUAUCCACCUCCUCGGGAUUCUUACAGUAGUUCAAGCCGCGGGGCACCCAGAGGUGGUGGCCGUGGUGGAAGCAGAUCCGAUAGAGGUGGAGGCAGAAGCAGAUACUAAAAACUCUCUUAAACUUUUGGACCAAGACAUUAUUUCUCAAAUGUGGAAGCUGUUCUGUCUUUACUACCUGAGGACUACUAAAAGGAAAAGUUGUUUUUAACCUUUUUUUAUUGUUGCCUGUUAAGUUUUCCCCUCCAUGACUUUUAUGCUUUUGUGAGGAAAAGUUAAAACAAUGUUUAAUAUCAUUUCAAAAUUGUUAACAUUUCUUUCAGAAAGCAGAUGUUAAAUGUAUAAGCUUGAGCUGUGUACUAGUGUUGUAAUUUUCAAAGUAAAGUUUCCCUGAAAUG